AUGUCGGACCAACCUGCCAAUCCGAUUGAUACCCGAGUGCGAUUCUCAUGUCUCUCAAUGCGCUCACCCCCAAGUCCUCGUGAGCUUCAAAGAUUUUUUUACUGUAACACGUUUCACUCGAAUCUGAACGAGUCAAGAGAUGUUUCUAGUGAUAAGUUAAGAGUUUUUCCUUGGAUUAUUGUACUUCAACUGGAACCCAAAGAGCUGAGUGGGAGCUACGAAAUCCGAUAUUUCACCAACAAUCCGGAUGGAGAACCCGAUGAUUUCUCUCAGUUUCGCGAAUGGAAACCUCAAGUUGAUAGCGAAAUAGUACCGCAGUUGUUGCAAUUGAAUGGACUUUCGUGUUCGGAAAAAGAAUGGGUUUUGGAAUGCACACAAGAACAUGAGGAUGGGAGGUUGUAUGCAGAAAAGUCCAUUUAUAGAGUGUCUAUGUACAGACGUUCAAGUCAUCUAGAGGAAAGCUAG